AUGACGACACUCACUCGGAAGCUACAUUUUUACAAAAAUGAUGUGACGAGGGGUUACACCAACCCGAUGCGACGAUGGGUGUAUCAUUAUUUGUUUGCUGGCCUUGCGGUUGGCGGGGGAGUGUGUCUGUGGGGGAAUUACCAGCUUGCCGCGUGGGAGGCGCUACGGCAUCCUGAAAACGGCAAUCGCCUUUGCUCCACUGCCACCUUGGAGUUUUUGCUCCUCCUUCCUUUGAAUUAUGCUUCUCGCGCGUUUGGGUGCCUUAGCGAGAGUGGGUACGUCUCCGAAUCCGUUCACCGCUUUUUUAUUAAGGCUAUCGUGUGGUGGUACAAUAUUGACAUCACGGAGGGGAAGCAGCAGCAGUUUUCCACCUUGCAGGAAUUUUUUGUGCGGGAAUGGAAGAGUGAAUCACGGCAGCUGGCCUCGGCUCCAAUGACUAUGCCCUCAGAUGGAGUUGUGCUUUCAGUUCAAGAAAAUGUUCAGGAGGAGCAGCUGGUACAGGUGAAGGGGAUGACUUACAGCAUCCGGCAACUCUUUCAUCGCUCCAUGGGCCCGGUGGCGGAGGGGCAAAAACGAGUUGCCAUUGUGGUGCACCUACGAACGCAGGAUUACCACCAUGUCAUUGCUCCAUGCGC